GUCUGCUUGUCGAUGUAAACGUUUAACUUUUCUCUCCCAUCUAAACCCCACUACAUACGUUGCCACUAUCUGGCAACAUCGUAUGUAGUGUGGUGAGUUUGCGUUUGCUGACAACUACAUGGCUUGUGCUUUUUUCUCCUUUUUUUUAUUAUUAACUUUUGCAUCGAGCUAUCAGACGGACAUAUUGGUUUGAAAUAAGUAAAAUUACAAAUUAAAACAAACUAAGGAGUAAAGAAACUUAAAAUUGAAAGUAAAUUUAAUUGUAACUAAAUAGAGCUUAAAACAAAUAAACCAAAUUUAAAACAAAUAAUAAGAAGAAAUAAAACAAACAAAAGUGAACUAAAGCCAAAAUAAGGGUUGUUUUUUUCUUUCGUACAAGAAGUGUGUGUGUGCAGUACAAAAUCUACAACCUGCACAAUAGCCAGCCGCAAGUGGAUUAGACCAGCUCCAAACACCGACCACCAAAAGUGCACCAGCUCCAACCAGGUAAAAAUCGAGGAAUUAAACAUUGGUCCUUCGCCCGUCCUAAAAAAAAUAAAGGUUAAUAUGGACUUCAAUACUGAAUUUGGAUGCCCUCUUUGCAAUAGAUACCAUUCUAUUCGCGUCUGUUCCAAAUUCAUGGUGAUGCCCGUGGAACUCAAACUUAGAGUGGUGGCUCAGCACUUAUUGUGCUACAAUUGUCUAGCCCAAUCACACAGUCGCUCAGAAUGCAGAAGCAUCGAUCGGUGCCGGCGUUGUAUGCAGGACCAUAACACCUUACUGCAUCCUACACCGCAAGAAAGUAUUUGGUUCCCGAUGACAGCGACGGUACGAGUGGUAACAAAAUUUUCCACGGACGCAUUCGUGCGUGCUCUAAUUGACCCCACAGCAGCCAGAUCCUCUAUCAUGCAGAGUGAAAUAGACGGCCUCGAAUUGGGUGUUCAUCAGGGCCGCACGAACAUAGUGGUAUACCAUAGCCACGAGGAAAAGAGAAGAAUAAAUGUAGAAUGCGUAGUGGAAAAGAGAAGAUUUGGCUGUACCCCUUCAGCAAGUAUUGACCGCGCUGAUAAAUAUCCACGUCCAAGGGCAGUUGAUCGUGCAAAUGCGGACGUACACUGGCAUAUUAGUCGCCCAUAUCAGUUGAUAUUAGGAGCAGACGCCAUGAGCCGUGUUUUAUUAGGACCAGCUACAAGACGUCCUGGACAGAUAUACGCCCAAAACACCAUCUUUGGGAUUGCAUAUUUCGGUGAAGGCAUAAAAAGAACCUAGAAAUUUGUCUUACUUUUAAACAUUUGUUGCCCAUGAGAGGCAUUUGAAUUCAUAUUGAAAUUAUUGUUUUUGU